ACGUCCCCUUGUUCACGACGCCUGUCAAAGGAUUUCAGUGAGUUUCGCAAUCCCGUCUCCGUAAAUAAGCGGGUUGACCCUUUCCUCGGCUUGCACAACUAGCAGUCGCACGGCUCAAUUUUUAAAAUAGUUCCUAGCUCAAACUAGUUCACGUGCAACAAGAAUUGUCACAGGCUGUAUAUUUAUGUGGAGUAAAUGCACCGAAAGUUAUUUUCCUUGUAUUUGUAUAGUUAUUAAAAAGAUGCUGAAGGUUGCUAGGAUAAACUAGCGAGAGCGGCUACAAAGUUCAAGGAACACAGGAACUUGCAACAAGCUCUACAAUCAUUGAAAAUACAUUGUCGGACUGCUACGGGUUCUGAGGUGAUUUCAGUCUUUCUCUUAAGAUAGUUCAUUAUGCCUGGUCUGAUGAGUUGAUUGCAAGACAGAGAUACACAGCUAGCACACUGCAAUUAUGUCAAAAGAAAAAGACCUUCUAGGCACCCACAAUUCCUUACUGACCAAAUGGUCAGAAGGUGGUGGAUCACUCAAUUUGAAGAGCAACCUUCUGACAUCUGGUUUUUCCUCCAAAAUCACAGAUGGGGAAGUCAGUAGAAAGCUCAUAAUGAAUCCAUUUUUAACAGCAAGAAAUGUAAAGAAUACAAAAGAUGAACAAUCAAAUCUGAGCUUUCUGUCUGCUAAACAAGUGACAAGUGGGCCUAGUCUCUUAGUCUCCUCAUCUACAUUAUCAGCUUUAUCAUCCACCAAGCAUGAAAUCAAUCUUAAGCUCAAGUCACCGUAUUUGAGUCUACACUCACCUAUGCAACUCACAUCACACAUCAGUCCUGGUCAACUGGGUGUCUCAUCUAGCCAUGGCCCAACUAUGAAAUAUGCAGGAUCUUCUGCAGCAAAGAGAGAGAAACAGAAUAGUGCUGUAAAAUCUCCAAAGAAGGAAGAUAGUGCAAGAUGCAAAUUGGGAAUAAGUAAGAAGAAAAAAAUUAAGGUGCAAAGAGAAAUAGAUGAUGAUGAAACAGCAGCAUUGAUGAAAUACACCACCCAACUGCCAGAGUAUGGGCUCUUCUCUGAUACUGUGGACGAUGUAGAGAUGAAGAUCCCAGCAUUCAUCUAUCCGACACAAGAUUCAGAACUAGUAACUAGCAUGAGUCAGCCUAUUGUUAACCUGAAUGGACUGAAGAAUGGAUUAAUUAAUGCUGUAAGUGCCUCUCUGCUUUGCUCUCCAAACUUCCAUAAUUUACGAGACCAGGCUCGUCAGCAGCUGUUAAUCAUGAGUGAAAGCAUCAUCUGGUAUGAUCCAGAGUUUGUGCUAAAGGUUGCCCUCUACUCAAGGCGAGAGCUGAAUAUUCGCACAACUUCCAAUUUUUUGCUUGCUUUGGCAUCCAAUUACCUGGAGUGCCGUCCUUACCUUCGCAAGUACUACUCCAGCACGAUCAUGCUGCCCUCAGACUGGAUAGAAGUUGCAGAAAUGUAUCAGGUCUUUGGUGAUAAGAAGCUGAAUUUUGGAGCUUUACCAGCAGCACUGCGUAAGGUGAUGACAGUAAAAUUUCUCGACUUUGACAAAUACCAGCUUGCCAAGUACAAUAAGGAGAAGUCUCGCUUAAAGAAGAACAAGAAAAGUGAGAGCAAAGAGAAAUCUGCAAGUCAGGAUGCUGGUCAAGAUAAAGGGAGAGGCGGAAAACUGAUAAAAGCAGGAACAAAACGAAGUGGUGAUAAAAUCAAGAGUCACAGUGAUGAUGAUACUGACAAUGAUGAUGAUGGUGAUGAUGGCAGUGAUGGUGAAAAUCCAGCAUUUAAAAGGGUCCGUGGUGUGAAGUAUGAUGAGGAGAGUGAGACAAAAGAAGAACAAGAACGCAAAACUUUCACACUCAAGCAACUUAUCCGCAAGCUACACAUUGUGGAGCCUCCUGAACAUGUCAUGUGCCUUGUUGGCAAGAAAUAUCCCAAGACACCUGAAGAAUUUUACUGCAGUCGGCUGCCUGGUGUAUGGGAAGAAGAGCGAGCAGGCAAGCGCAUGAAACUUCCCAUCCCAGAAACCUGGGAGACGCAGGUGUCCCUGAAGGGCAACAAAGCAAAGACAUGGGAGGAUUUGCUGGAUCACAAGAAGCUGCCAUUCAUGGCAAUGUUGAGAAAUCUGCGGAAUCUGAUCAAAGCGGGGAUAUCGGAUAAACACCACAACAUGGUCAUCCGGAGACUGACAAAUGAAAAACAAGUGAUCAAUAGCAAGCAGUUUCCCUUCAGGUUCUUCUCAGCUUAUGAGGUGUUAAACACCAUGGAGAAGGAAUUUGACAAGACACAGAAAGCCAUCAUUGAUGAAGCUGUUGCUGCCACUAGAGAAAGUGGAGCUUCAAAAUUUCAAGGACACAUGAAAAGGGGGAGGGGAAGUCGUGGCACAAGAGGCAAAGGUCGAGGUCGAGGUGGAGCUGCCCCCCAGUGGUGGCAGAAGAAACUACAGAAAAAAGCUAGCAGUGGCACAAAGGAAACGAUGUAUGACAAGGCUCUUCUCCAACGGUAUCGCAAGGCACUGGAUACUGCAGUGAAGAUAGCCACAGUUUACAAUGUACAGCCCAUCAAAGGUCGCACUGUCAUCAUCUGCAGUAUGGAUCCAAGAACACAAACACCAUGUUCCGCAGCCAGAGGACUUGGUAAACCUCGAACAGUUAGAGAGGUGUCUCUUUUGCUGGCUCUGAUGUGCAAGUACUCUUGUGAAGAGAGUGAGCUGGUUCUGCAUGAUGGUGAGUCAUGCUGUAGUGUGCAGUUGCAGAAGGGCACCAUCCUGGACAACUUGCAGCAUCUGUUGAACACAUCAAUAAGCCAGAUGAGUUCAGCAGAACCUUUACAAACCUGGGAUGACCGCAAGAAAAAGGAGAUGGUGCACAAUUUCCCAUAUUGGGUGUUGUUUGAGAAACUAAGAGACAAAAUACAGGUGGACAACAUCGUAGUGCUGGGAUUUGAUCUCAACCCUAGUGCUGUGGUUGGCACCAUGAUAGGAGACUUCCUUCGGCCAUAUCGCCGUCUGGUUAACCCAAACCUGCUGUAUGUCAGCAUUUGUACCAGUGGCAGUGGCUGCAAGUUUGAUACUGACAUCACACCUGAACAUGAAAAUGACAUCUACAUAUCAGGCUUCAGCGAUGCCAUUCUCAGGUUUGUUGCAGAACGCGGCAGUGGGGGACAGCUGAUUCAUGUAGAAAACAUAGACAAGAUCUUUGGCCUGAAAGAGUCAACUCCCUUGUUCCUGGAGAGCGUGAAGAAAGAGGUGCCAGUUGGUUCACCAGAGAAACCUCUACCUGUCUCAUCCUUGACACCAAGGUGGCGCACAGCACGCGUGUUUAUCUCAUCUACUUUCCUUGACAUGCACGGUGAACGGGACUUGCUGACCAGGUUUGUUUUCCCAGAACUGCGAGCACGUGGGUCUCAUCACUUCAUCAACAUAUUUGAAGUUGAUCUUCGUUGGGGAAUCACUGAAGAAGACGCAAGAAACAACAGAACUGUUGAGCUCUGCCUUCAAGAACUGAAAAAGUGCCAGCUUUUUGUGGGGUUGCUAGGCAAUCGCUAUGGUUGGGUUCCUGCCCCAUCCCAGCUUCCAGACACACCUGAAUAUGACUGUGUUCGAGAGUACGAAGCUGGAGCCUCAGUCACUGAGCUGGAGAUUCACUUUGGUGCUUUGGCAGAUGUUGAGAAGACAAAAGAGAGAGCCUUCUUUUUCAUUAGAGACAGCAGCUUUGAAAAAAAUGUCCCAUCAGCUUUCUUGCAAAGCUUUGCAUCAGAGGACGAGGAAAGUAUGAUCAGACUGAACAACCUAAAAAACAGGGUUCGAUGCAGUGGACAUGAAGUCUUUGACAACUACCCAUGCCAGUGGGGAGGGGUAGUAGACAAGAAACCAAUUGUUGCAGGUUUGGAGGAGUUUGGUCAACGAGCUCUCAACAAUCUCUGGCUAGCUGUGCAGCAUCUGUACCCAGAUGAGGAUGCCAUGCUGGACGAGGACACACACAUUGCUCGCCUACAUCGUGCCUUUGUAGACAGCAGAAGUGGUCAGUUUGUUGGCCGCACAGCACUUGUCCAGCAGUGUGUCAACAGAAUAGCUAAAACCUCUUCCUGUUUGAUCGGCCUUGUGGGUAAAUCAGGCAGUGGAAAAUCUUCUGUCAUGGCCUCAAUAAUUCAUCAGUAUGUGGAGUCCAAGCAUUGCUCCAGUGGCAGCACAGUUCUUGUUCACAUUGUGGGGGCGGCUCCAGGCUCUACUAACCUGGGAGCCACCAUAUGCCGCCUCAGCCAGGAAAUCAUUAAAAACUUUGGACUAAGCCUGACAGUUCCAGAAGAUUUUAAGAACCAAGUGGUGGUAUUUGGCUCGAUCCUGCAGGAAGCAGGUAGGCUGUGUGGCCCAAGUUCUCGACUGGUUCUCUUCUUGGAUGGUCUUUAUUUGAUGGAAGAUGUACAUAAGCCUUGUAAUUUGGAAUGGCUACCUCACCCUUUACCACCAAAUGUUGUGGUAGUGGUCUCUGCUGUGGAAAGCGACCAGUGCCACCAGGCUGUAGAGCGUUUGAAGGGGGAUGUGGUGUCAGUAGGACCACUUGAUAUGUUUGAUAAAGCUGAGAUCAUUAGAAAAACUCUGGCCACCCACCGCAAAGCCUUAAAUGAAGCACCAUUCAACAACCAGCUCAAGGUCCUCACAAUGAAAAAGGAGGCUCACAACCCUCUGUUUCUGAAACUGGCCUGUGAAGAGCUGAGAGUGUUUGGACUGUUUGAUGAUAUGGCAAGCAGACUGAAGUCCAUGCCUCACACAACACCACAGCUGCUGCAAGAAGUUCUGGUCAGAAUGGAGGGUGACCAUGGGGUUGACAUUGUUAGCAUUACCCUUUGCCUGCUUUUGUGUUCCAGAGAUGGCCUGUUCCCUGAAGAACUGCAAGACUUGCUUGCCUGGCAUGUCAGUCUGGCAAAGAACUUUGACAAAUUUCAUCCCUAUGAUAUGAUUGGACAGACAUUUCCUGCAGCUGCAGCCCUCCCUUGUGCAACAUUUGCUUUUCUUCAGCGAUCCAUUCAAUCCUUCCUCAAUCCACUUAACUCAUACUCUGGGAAUGUGCAGCUGAUGCUGGCCCACCAUGAUAUAGGUGUGGCCAUCAGACAACGCUAUUUGCGGGCAUCUACAAAUGAUAAGGAGCGCCAGCUUCAUCGUCUGCUUGCAGGCUACUACAUGCUUCAGGCAGACCCAUCAGGAGACAGAUCAUGGCAAAGUCGGAACACCCGUGCAUUUAGCAAACUCCCAUACCACCUUUGUCAUGGCAGCUGUUAUGAAGAGCUGGAGGAUGUGCUCUGCAGUCUGCAAUUCAUCCACACCAAGUGCAAACUUGGACUGGCUGCUCAGCUGAUGGAGGACUUUGCUGCUAAAGGUAGCAACAGCAAAUCUCAAGAAAAGGAAAAGCAGAAAUUCCUCUCUUCUACUCGUGUGCAGGACUACCAGGCCUUUGUCUCCACCAAUCUCCAUAUACUGAACAGGCACCCAGUUCUUACUUGGCAACAGGCUGAAAAUGCCCUGGAAGACUCGCAGGUUUGCAAGGAGGUGAAGGUUCUCCAGGCUGCUGGCACCAUCAAAGAAGAGUGCACUUCUGUGAAGUGGAAAAACAAACCAGCCUCUGCCAGCCCAUGCUAUCUGCAUCUAGCCAACCUGUCAAAGCCUGUGACAAGUGUGGCAGUAUCACCUGACAGUGCAUACUUUGCCACAGGAGGAUGGGACUGUCUUGUGCAUCUCUAUGACAUGGUAACUGGCAAGGAGAUCCGUUUCUAUCAUGGCCACUCCGAUUUCAUUACUGAUGUCUGUUUUGUGAGCAAUGCCAUCCUGUGUAGUGCUUCUCAAGAUUUAACGCUGAGCCUCUGGGAUGUGCAGAAUGGACACAGGGUUGCUCUGCUCAAGGGCCACACACGAUGUGUCAGUGCUUGUGUUGCUGACUGCACAGGAAAUCUUGUGGCUUCAGCAUCAUGGGAUUGCACUGUACGUGUCUGGAAUGUCAAAUCUGGCGAAGAAAUCUGCUCUUUCAGCCUGGAAUGCCCAGUCAAUGAUGUUGACUUCCACCCUGACAGCCAGCUGAUUGUGACUGCCAACUGGGACACCACUAUUAAGAUUUAUGACAUAUUUCACAAAACUCGCAAAGCUGUACUUCGAGGACACAUCUCGUCUGUCCGUUCAGUUGCAUAUUCUCAUGAUGGCUCCCAUGUUGCUUCUGCUUCUCUUGAUGGAGAAGUCAAGAUCUGGUCAGCAAUCAAAGGUGUGCAGGUGGGCAGUGUUCAUGGCCACGGAGCACCUAUUAACAAGCUGACCUUCUCCCCUACAGGACAGUACUUGAUCACUGCCAGUGAUGACCACAAAGUCAAGGUGUGGUCAGGUGACCUGGGAAUUCCUUUGGGUAUACUUGGUUCCACAAAGAAUGGACCAGCUACUUCUGUGUCUCUGUCUCCUGAUGGCACCGCUGUGGCUGUGGGGUAUCAUUCUAGCUAUGUUCGUGUCUUUGAUGUCACUACAGGCUUGUGUCUCUGGGAGGCAAAACCCCACAGUAAGGCUGUCCGAGCAGUUACCUUCUCCCAUGACAGUGCCCAUGUUGUCACAGGUUCUGAUGACACCACUGUGCAGGUGCUGGACGCCACCAGUGGAAAUAAAAUCUGUUCUAUAGAGAGCCAUACCAAACCAGUGCUGAGUGUGACUGUUCACAGAAAAUUCUUGGCUACUGCCUCUGAGGACUGCACUUGUUGCCUAUUUUCAUUCAAGCCAGUGAAAAGUACUGGACCAGUGAAGCCACUAGCAGUAUUGCAAGGUCACACUGCUCCUGUUACAAGCUGUACCUUUGGACCAGGAGCAACAAAGCUUGCAACUGCCAGUCGUGAUAUGUCAGUAAAAAUAUGGGACUUGAUGGUCUGCCAAAUGGACAGCAGUCCUGCACCUGAGUGUACUCUGACCCGGUGCCAUGCAGAUUGGAUUAAUGCCUGCAGCUGGUCCAAUGUCAGUGACUUCAUGGUCACUGCCUCAAGCGACUUUAACCUCAAAGUAUGGGACCUCAAAACUCAACAAGAAAAGUUUAAGUUGACAGGUCACACAUCCAGCGUAAAUGCAAUGGCUUAUAAGUUUGGUUGUAUAGUUUCUGGAUCCAGUGAUGGUCAAGUUAAGGUGUGGUCCCACCGAGGCACUGAGAUUACAACACUGUAUGGACACACUCAAAGAGUCAAUGCUUGUGAUAUUUUUGUCAAAUGCAGUGGCUUUGAUGAUAAGGAGAAGGAGAGAGAGGAAGAAAAGAGCUGGGUCCAGAUGAUGCAGGAGGAAGAAACAGGGGGAUCAACUGCAGAUGCAAGCAGCACAAAGAAGAAGGGCCAGAAUAUCACAGACGUUAUAUUGGUGUCCUGCAGCGACGAUGGCACUGUGCGCUUGUGGAAACCACUAGAGGCGUAUUCUGUAGCGUGUCUGUCAGGCCAUUCCAAAAAAGUGGUUGCUGUGGCGGCAGACAAGCAGGGACAUCUUGUGAGUGCCAGUUUAGAUUUAUCUGUGAGACUCUGGGCACCACAACUGGCCACCAAGAGUUCAGUCAGUCAGAGUCAUGAGACAGAAGUCACUUGUAUUUCUCCCAGCUUGAAUAGGUGUACUGUUCUCACCACAGACAGAUCUGGAGGUGUCUGCAUUUGGCAGCACACUGCUGCAGCAGGGUUCUUUUGUGUCCACAGCUUUAAGGCCCAUGAUAAAUGCAUCAGUGCAGCAUGCUUCGUAAACAAAGGAAGUACCAGAUUUGUCACAGCAUCUAAUGACAUGACAAUGGUAUUAUGGGAAAUUCUGCACAAGAAAGAAGGCAUUAUUGUCAGGAAAAAAGACAAGUGUGAAAUUAGUGCACCUGUGACCAGCCUGAUUUGGGAUCCUGCUUUGAUGUCAGUCCCGUAUGCCUUUGUCUUUGGCACCUCUUGGGAAAACAGGCUUUUCUGCUGGUUGCCGGAAAUGCAACAACCAUCCUCACUUUUGUUUUUCUAUGACUCUGAUACUAGCAAUGAAAAAAGUGACAUGAAGAUGAAGUCAUUCAGCUGCUGGCCACUCAGUCUGAGUUCGUAUGGCAACCAUCUUAUUGCUACUUCUACAGAUGGCCAGGUUACCACUUGGAGUGUUGCUGUCCAGAAUAAAAUACAGGAUGUAACGCUGCUUUCAAGAUUCACAAUCCCAGGUGACACGUCGUCCUCACCAAACUGGGUACAUGCAGCAGCAUGGGCCGGAACCAGCAAUUCAGUCUGUGUUGGAGACUCUAAUGGAUGCCUCACCUAUCUGGACAGCAGUGGUAGCAGCCAGCAGCUCAAGGUACAUUCUGGUGUGGUGACAAGUGUUGUCAAGGCCACACAACACACUUUCACAGCAUCCCAAGACUGUACCAUCAAAGCAUGGUGUGACCCAUUUAUCCAGGUUGGCCAAUUUCACUGUCAGGCACCAGUCACUUCAAUGUGUCAAGUAGAAUGCAGCAAUGGCAGAGAACUUGGACUUGUGGCUGGAGAUACACUAGGCAACAUUUACUUCCUGACCUGGCAGCACUAACAUCUCCAGAACUGCAUUCAGAAGCACGAAGUGUGGCUUCUUUCCUGUGCUGCAUUACCAGUUUGUGCCACACUUUGUAGUGUUUUAAGAUGCAUAUUUGGAUUUUCCCAUCAGUGUCACUUUUUGUCUUUUAUUCUAGUUUUCACAACUGCAUACCAUGAACACAUUCAUGUCAGUUGCACAUAAUCUUUAUAUGCAAAUGAGUUCAUUUUGAUUCUCGAGCUAGGGAUAUAAACAUGAACUUUAAGCGUGCUAUUUUUGUUAUGUACAUAACCUCUGUAUGAGCAACAUUUAUAUUCAUAUUUGCAAGACAACUGAUAAGUUUAAAAACAAACCAGUUUGGACAGGCAACACGACCUUUUUCUUCUGCUGCUGCUAACACCUUCAUUGAUGUUAUACAAACAAGCAGUUCUGUGAUAAUGCCAGUAACAUCGUUUUUAGCUACAGGAGAAAAGUUGUGGUUAAUGCAUCUUUCAGAUCCUUAAAAACAAGGUUUGUAAUUCAAUUAUUCAUUGUUUCUGCAAAAGUGCAGGUGCUUUUGAUAAAUUUUAGCUUCAAGUGUAUGCAGUAAUUGGACAUCUUAGUUUGCCAAUUGUUAUGAUUCAGCAAGCCACAAAAUUGUGUGAGGGCCAAGCACAUAUUUGUAAAUGUACAGUUGACUGCCGAAUGUUGAUAAAAUUUUAGUUGGAUUGGAAAUACAUUUUGUCAAAGGAGUGAAUGGGGCCACUGCAAGAAAAUUAGAUGCACUUCCUAGCAAUAAUCUUAAAGAUUAAAGGAGCAACUGAAGGGGCUACUAUACUCUGGGGGAAGAACUUCCAGUUAACAUAUAUUAGCAUUAUGAUAAGCUGCUAAUGCCAAUUUCUGCAAUGGUUGGGUUCAGGUACAUAAAAAAAAAUAUGAUAGAACUGGCAUGCAUUCAUAGUCAGUAGCAGUUUACAACUGAGUAAAUACUUGGGGAGGGAACUAGCUGGUAAAGCUAACCUGACAAACAUCUGAGUAGGUGAAGUUACCUAACCAGCAGGUAUAGCAUGAAAUGGAAAAAAAAAAAAUUACAAAGCCUACAUCUAAAAUGAAAAACAAAAACCAACAAAGGACAUUCUUUGAGCAUCUACACCUGAGAAAUUCAUUGGAUGGAGCCCCUCCCAGAAGUUACUGACAGGCAGAAAAUUUAUGAGUUCAUCAAUAUGUGCUUGUAGUAAAACCAAUUUUGUUGCCAAUAU